AUGGCACUUGUAGGUUUCGUGGAUUGGAGGGGAAACGCCAUCAGGAAAGAGGUGCAUGGUGGAGUCAGAGCAGCAUGGUUCUUGUACGUUCUGACUGUGGUAACCAACGUGGUUAUUAUCCCAAACCUGCUGAAUCUGGUUACUUAUCUUCAUGGAACAAUGCAUAUGGGGGUUUCGGCCUCUGCAACUACAACCACUAAUUUUUUUGGUGCCACAUCCGGGUUUGCAAUGAUAGCAGCUUUCCUCUCCGACUCCUACAUUACUCGCUUUAGAACAAUGCUCCUCUUUGGUCCAUUUAUGUUUCUGGGUUACGGAUUGCUCGCACUGCAAGCCUACCUUCCUUCACUCCGUCCACCAGCUUGCAAUAUUGAAGCAGAGCUAAACAGUUGUGAAGUGGUCCAUGGAUGGAAUGCUACCUUAUUGUACACAGCCUUGUAUAUGACUGCAUUUGGUGAUGGUUUUAUCCGUGUUUGCUUGCCAUCCCUCGGAGCAGACCAAUUUGACCAUGAAGAUCCCUCUGAGUCCCGCCAACAGUCCAGCUUCUUUAACUGGUAUACCUUCGGAAUCUCCUUUGGAGGUUUUGUAGGGCUGAUUCUCAUAGUGUGGCUCGAGAACUACAAAGGGUGGGAUAUCGGACUUGGGGUGUGUGCCAUCCUAAUUCUGCUAGGAUUGCUCAUAGUUGCUGCCGGUUUCCCCUUCUACCGCAACCAAGUACCACAAGGAAGUCCUCUAACUCGAAUACUGCAGGUAGUGCUUUGUAUUCCUGGCGUUCUUGUGGUUGCAUUCAGGAACAGGAAACUUGAACUUCCUGAAAAACUGGAGGAAGCGCAGGAAAGCUGCACUGGGACAAGGGCAUGUUCUGUUGAUGCACUCGCUCCAACAAAUAGUCUGAAAUUACUCGACAAAGCUUGCAUCAACCGUGGCCAAAGUGGAGCCUGGUCAGUUUGCAGUCUGAGAAAGGUGGAGGAGACAAAGAUUAUCAUCCGUGUGCUUCCUCUCUUCGUCAGCUCCAUGAUCGGAUAUAUAUCGAACGUUAUCCUCUUCACAUUCACUGUGCAGCAAGGCACCAUGACGAACACAAGGCUGGGCAAGAUCCAUGUUUCCCCCGCGACACUCUUUAUCAUCCCUAUCAUAUUCCAGAUGCUAAUGCUUGCUGUCUAUGACCAGUUCCUUGUGCCAUUCUUGCGUAGACGCACAGGCUAUGUCGGUGGUGUCACUCAUUUGCAACGCAUUGGUAUAGGCUUCGUCACCAUGCUACUUGCGUCAAUCAUUGCAGCAAUUGUUGAGAAGAAGAGAAAGGAAGCUGUGGUGCAGAUGUCCCUCUUCUGGCUUGCACCUCAGUUCUUCCUUCUUGGUGUGGCAGAUGUGACAUCAUUCACCGGGCUCCUUGAGUUCUUCAACAGCGAGGCACCACGCGGCAUGAAGUCUAUUGCCACAGCGUUGUUCUGGUGUGCUCUGGGGCUCGCGUCCUUGCUGGCCACAACGCUGGUGGAAAUUGUGAACAAGGCCACAAGGCAUGGGCACCAGGGAGGCUGGCUCGAGGGUACAAGCUUGAACAACAGCCGUCUUGACCUGUUCUACUGGGUUGUGGCUGUUGUGGGAUUGCUUGGCUUAUGCAACUACCUGUACUGGGCCAAGAAGUAUGUGUACCAGCACAAUCCACGCAUCGUUGAGACAUCGAAGUGA